UGUAAUUGAUUUUUUUCCAUCCCUACUUGUAACACGGAAAAAAAAGAACAAACCAAAGAAAACAUCCGGACCGGACUUGAGGCCGGGUGAUGAUCCCGACAGGUACAAUCCGGUCCGGAUUUAACACCAUGGUUGGAAGUUGAUUAGUUGACAGUUUCAUAAUCUGAAUUACAUAAUCUCUAUUUGCUAAAAGGAAAAGAACAGAAAAGAGCCACCACAACGUCUAAAUGAGUUCUGUGAACACAUUUCCCUCUUUCCCUUCCUCGUCGUCCCGGUGUAUCUUUGCCAAACUAUGGCCCAUCCGGAGCUCCUUCUCUACACGACGUCGGUCUCGCCGCCGCCUCCACCUCCACCUCCGCCGCCACCGUCAAACCCCAAAUAAACUCGCAGAACUCUCUAAACAUGACGACGGCGACAGCAACAAUAACCUCAAACUAGUCCUCGACAUCGACCGGAUAUCCGCCCUUUCCUCGAGAGAGUACCAACAAUAUCUCUCCUCCGCCAGAGAUGCCUGUCAGGACCUACUAUCCCUCGUCACGAUUGAUAGCGCCAAUCGACGAGUCGUCGUUUCGUGCCGUAGAUCCACGCUCCUGUUCGCUGGUCAUAUGUUAGUUAUUGGGUUUGCUCUGCUUUUGGGGAUUAGGGUUUUGUCUAAGCUAGUGUUGGGGUUUAAGGGUCGGUUUGUAUUUGGGUCUCGGCGUGAUGAUGUUGUGGUUCGGAGAGAUAGGAGUCUUGGAGGGAAAGAAGUUGUUGUUGCUGCAAGGAGUAUCAGGGAGACGAGAGAGGACGGAAUGAUGGACAAUUUCGGGGCUUUGAAGAAAAAUAUUCAGGUUCGGAGCCAAGAGAAGUUGCCCAAGUGGUGGCCGGUUCGGGUGGUGAUUCCAGCAAUGGUGGCUGAUAAAGAGGAGUAUCAGAGGGAAGCCAACAAAUUGAUUAGAGCUAUCAUGGACUGUAGAACGAGUGGAAAGGACAUUAUGGAGGAUGAUAUAAUCCAAUUGCGUCGAAUAUGCAGGAUAUCUGGAGUGCGGGUCUCAAUUGACACCACCAACUCAUGUUAUACCUUAUAUCGUACGUCUGUCAACUUUGUUUUGAACGUCUGCAGCAGGGCGUCAAGUUACCGUAACUCUGUUGUGAUUGAUGGAGAAGAUGUUAGGCAAUUUAUUGCCGGCCUUGCUGAAAACAUAGGGCUCGAGAACACUCGUGCUGCAAGAAUGGUUUCUGCAUCUGUUGCUGCACGUACACGUUCAUGUUUUCUACAAGCAUGGGCUCUGGAAUUGCAAGGCAGACAUUCUGAAGCAAUGGCAGAAGUUUCAAAGAUUUGCAUUAUUCUCCGGACGUUUCCUCCCGAAGAGUCCUCUCCUGAAAUGGAGCUGGUGGCUCGGGGAUUGGAGAAACAGCUUAAAGUAGAGCAGAGGGAAUUUCUGAUGAAUAUGAUUGUUGGGGUUUGUGGCGAGGAGAGUCAUAGAAGUGCAGCAGAGGCUCUGGGUUUGUAGAUGCUCUCCGCAAGAGAUAUUGGCAAGCAAUGGAAAUCGAAUGCACAUGAAAAUUGAUUGGAUAAUUAUGAUUAUUUUUUAUCUUGCUACUUCUGUAACCGAAUAGUUUUCAUGUCCAGAAGCAAACUCCUUGUCCAAUGAUAGCUCAUAAUCUUAAUAAUGUCUCUCUAUAGAAAAGCACUCCACAGUUGUUUAGCGCUCAUUUUUGUUCGCAAAUCUUGUGAUGAGAGUGAGAAUCCAAUUGCAAGUAAUGACAUGGUUAUUUGAGACCUA